GAAAACGGUAUGAGCUUCUCUCGUGUCAUAUACAUCAUUUGAAGAAUAUACGGAUUUCACCUACUGUCAAUCAUGGAAGAAUUCAAGACAGGGCCAGAUGAUUUAGGAAUCCAGAGUAAUGCCAAACCAAAUAAGAAUGGCUGUGACCAACAACAGAGUACUAGUAGCAGUAUAGAAAAUGGUGAUGGAGCUGGCUCAGUAGAAAUGAAGAUGGAAGAUGAUCAUGAAGGAGUACAUGAGAAACCUGGAAAGUUCCAUGUGGACAAGUCAUUGAUUCCAGCCGCUCAGCUUGAUGAAAUCCAGGAAUCUUCAGAGCUGGAAGGUUUAGGACUGAAUGUCUUUAACCAGGAAGACUUUGAGCAAGGUGUAAUGGCCCAGGUAGAUCAAGUUAUAGCAGCUGAAGAAGAAGAAAGGAAACGGAAAAUUGUUGAGAAGCAAAUAAAGGAAGUGGAAGAUGAUAUCAAGAUGGUCAAGCAGGAAAUGUUGGAUAUUGAAAGAGUUUUGACCAGUCUUAGCAGUGGUCAGUCGGACUACACCAAGCGCAGAAUUGACUCUGUUCGCAGACAGAAGGAGAACAAAAUCAGUCAUAUGAAGACAUUGAAGGUAAAACAGAAGUCCCUUCUUAGGAAGUUGCCUGGAGCAUCAGUAGAGGAGGAGGGAGAAGAAUGUGACAGUUUUGACUUAAACCAGGUAUUGGGUCUAACUGCUGGACCUUCAAAGGAAACUGAACGUGAAAAGAUGAUACGCCUCGGAGAAAUGACGCCGUUCGGUACUGUUGUGUCUAAACCUACCUCUUCAUCACUCAAGAAAGCUUCAUCAAUUUCAUUAAUAGAGAACUCCUCAUUUGAUCAAUUCUUCAUGGACAAGGAUCAUUCAAGGAUAUCUCAGAAGAAACCAGCAGCCAAAGUUCAGUCGGAAUUGAAUAGAAAACUGGAAAGAAUGAAAGCUAGUUUAUCAGAGGACUCCAAAAAAUCUGAAAAGAAAAAAAAGCCAGAAAAACCUACCUCAGAUGAAGAUCAGAAAAAAGGCAAAUCAAAAUCGAAACAAAAAAAUCUGUUUGAUGAAAGAGAUAAUCGACAUUAUAGAGAUGAUGUUGAAGGGGCAGACUUCAGUCAUUUAAAGUCAAGCAAAACAAAAUUUCCAAAAUUUAAUCAUAACUUCAGUGAGGAUCCAGCCAUGAGUGACGAGGAAAAUAGGGAUAAUUCUAGUGAUGAAUAUCAGCCAAAUGAACAAGAGUUAGCUAUGUGGAGUGACCUUAGUGACCAUGAAAUCAAAGAACGUAUGAAGAAAAGGAAAGAAAUAAAAAAGAAAGGGUUUGGUCGGCCGAAAAAGCCUCCAAAGUAUCGUGAAAGUGACAGUGACUCCGAUGAUGCAGAAGCAUCAGGGAGAAAACGAUUCAGUGGUGAAGUGAGAGUGAAGAAAGUUCGAGACGAUGGAUGUGAAGAGGAUUAUGAAGACAGAAUGAGAGAAUUCAACAAAGUGGAGAGAAAGAGGAUGCAGCGGGUGGAUAAUGGAGAGGAGAGUGAUGAGGAAGACCAUGAACUGGAGGGGGGUCUUAGAGUACCAGGACGUAUCUGGUCAAAACUGUUCAAAUACCAACAGACUGGUGUGAGUUGGUUGUGGGAACUCCAUGGCCAGCAGGCAGGUGGUAUUGUUGGAGAUGAAAUGGGACUUGGCAAGACUAUAGAGAUGAUCGCCUUUCUUGCUGCUCUCAGACAUAGUAAACUUAAAGAUAAAAACUUCCAAUACCAGGGUCUUGGGCCAACAAUUGUUGUCUGCCCAACUACAGUAAUGUACCAGUGGGUAAAAGAGUUCCAUACCUGGUGGCCAUUGUUUCGUGUGGCCAUCCUGCACUCCUCUGGCUCCUACACAUGUACAGAGGCAGAGCUUGUGAGAAGCAUUGUCAAGGACAGGGGUGUGCUGGUCACAUCCUUCAACACACUUGUUAUCCACCAAGAGCUACUCAUCAAAUAUAACUGGCACUACGUGGUUUUGGACGAGGGCCACAAGAUCCGAAACCCAGAUGCACAGAUUACGGUAGCCGUUAAACAGUUUCGUACCUACCACAGGAUCAUCCUGUCUGGUUCACCAAUACAGAACAACCUUAAGGAGUUAUGGUCCCUGUUUGACUUUGUGUUUCCUGGGAAACUAGGAACCUUGCCAGAUUUUAUGGCACAUUUCUCUGUGCCUAUUGUACAGGGCGGCUAUUCCAAUGCUUCAGAAGUUCAGGUGAUGACAGCCUACAAGUGUGCAUGUGUAUUAAGAGACACCAUCAAUCCUUACCUUCUGAGGCGCAUGAAAGCUGAUGUAAAAAUAGAUCUUCCACACAAGAAUGAACAGGUACUGUUCUGCAGACUGUCAGAUGAACAGAGACAAGUGUACAUGGAAUACCUUCAGUCUCGACAAUGUCAGGCCAUACUCUCUGGCAAGUUCCAGGUAUUUGCUGGUUUAAUUACUCUGAGAAAAAUCUGUAACCAUCCCGAUCUAUGUACCGGUGGGCCUCGGCUCUAUAUUGGGGAGGAGGAGGGAGAUGACGCAGACCUUCAGUUCGGACACAAGUGUCGUUCGGGCAAGAUGAUCGUCGUAGAGUCUCUAUUAAAGCUUUGGAAGAAACAGGGCCACCGAGCACUGUUCUUUACCCAGAGUAGAGCUAUGCUCGACAUCAUGGAGAAAUUUGUACAGAAGGAGGGAUACACCUACCUAAGGAUGGAUGGAGGAACAGCCAUUUCAGGAAGGCAAAGCCUCAUCAACAGGUUUAAUAAGGAUAGCUCAUACUACCUGUUUCUGUUGACAACGAGAGUGGGUGGUCUUGGUGUGAACUUGAUAGGUGCCAAUCGUGUAAUCAUUUUCGACCCAGACUGGAAUCCAAGCACUGACACCCAGGCAAGGGAGAGAACUUGGAGAAUAGGCCAAGAACGACAAGUGACCAUUUACCGUUUAGUGACUACGGGUACAAUAGAAGAGAAAAUUUACCACAGACAAAUCUUCAAGCAAUUUCUUACCAAUCGUGUGCUCAAAGAUCCAAAACAAAGACGUUUUUUCAAAUCCAAUGAUCUGUAUGAACUUUUUGAACUUGGAAGUGCUGAUGGUCGAGAGCAGACUGAAACAGGGGCACUCUUUGCUGGUACAGGGUCAGAGGUCAAGGUCAGCUCUCUGAAAUCACAGAGUAAGAGCAAGGUUAAGGAUGAUCAGGUCAAAAAAGGCAGCAAAAGCAACAGAUUUGAUGUUAUGUUAGAGGAAAAGGAAAGAGAAAAGGAGGAGCAGGAAAGAAGAAAAGAAGAAGAGAAGAGAGAGAGGAGAGAAAUGGCAAUGAGGGUGGAGGGUGGUGACAGCGAAGACGAGAUUGAAGGGAUGUAUGCACUCGCUGAAAAAUUACGACAGGAUAUCAAAGAAGAGGAGGAGCAGGAAGGUGGAUCAGGAGCCUCUGAUUGGUCAGUGAAGAAAGGUCGCGGGAGAACCAGUAGUACAGAAGAGGUCACAAUAAAGAGGGAGUCAAGUUUUGAUGAUGAAGAUUCCAGGCCUGGCAGUUCAGGAUCUGGUUCAAGACCUGGUAGUGGCUCUCGACCAGGUCCUACAGAGGACAGUGCCAAAGUCAAUCUUGACCAAAAUGACCAUCCUCAAAACAGGGGAGGACAGGCCCAGUCUCAGUUGUUAGAACAGAUUCUCAAAAGAAAGCAGGAUCUUCAGAAAAAGUUUGGUACUGAAGGGAACCAUAAAAUACAUAGAGAAAGGCAUAGUGGUAGGGUCAAAGGUCGUAAAGAGGAGGAGGAAGUGCUGUCAGCCUCUGCUUCAUCCUCCCAUAGGAAACACAAGGAGGAUGGUGAAGGAGCUGCAUAUUCCCAAGAAGUGGAUCACAGUAGGAGACACAAGAAACAUAGACACAAGGAUGAUGGCAAGGGGGCAGCACAUUCCCAUGAAGAAGGGGAGGGACACAAGAGGAGGCAUAAGAAACACAAACAUGAUGGUGAGAGGCCUGGUUCUGGAGAGGAGGACAGACAUCACAGCAGGAGAAAACAUAAAAAACGGAAACACAGGGAUGCAAAGUUCGAAGGUGAAAGGAUCCCUAAUUUGGUGAAACAAGACGAGUAUAAGACAAACCAAUCAAAAGAAGAUGAGAAACAAGAGGGAAAAAAGAUGGAUGAUUAUGUUUUGAAGACCUUGUUUAAGAAAACAGGAAUACAGAGUGCAAUGAAGCAUGACGUGAUCAUGGAUUCCAGCAAACAUGACUAUAUGAUUGUAGAGGUGGAAGCUGAUCGUGUUGCUAAGGAAGCCAUGAAAGCCUUGAAAAGGUCAAGGUCACAAUGUUCCUCUGCAAUAUCUGGCGUACCAACUUGGACUGGCCAAUCUGGUGCUAUCAAGAAGCCAAGGUUUGGACAGAAAAAGAAUAGUCUGUUGGUAGAGAAGUCCUCUAAACCAGACACAUCAAAACCAGUACAAAUGAAGAAGUCAGAAAGCAGAACGACUUCCAGCACCAUAACGUCAAGUACUGCAACUUCUAGCACAUCAACUUCAAAUCCCCCAUCUAAGCACCAUUUUGAUGGUUCACGUGCUGGAAACGUUGUGAAGGACAUUGAGACAGGUUUGUCAGAAGCAAGCAUGAUGACCUCUAGUGAAUUGCUCAACAGGAUGCGACAGAGGAAUGAGGGCACUCGAGAAUCGACCGAGGAGGCCGACAGUUCUACUCCAGCUCCAGAACCUGAAGCCUUCAACCUUAUCACAGACAUUCGCAAUUUUAUUAUGUUUGAGUGUGACCUGAUUGGAGAGGCAACGACUGAUGAAAUUUUAAGGGAAUUUGGACCUAAACUGCCGAAAGCAGACUCUGUGAAAUUCAGGGCUAUGUUACAGGAAAUAUGUGACUAUGAAAAGAAAAAUGAUGUUGGAAGCUGGAGAUUAAGAAACCAGUUUAGGUAGUGUUGUUGCCUGUGGAACCAGGUGUAUAUGUGUUUGAAAAAAUGGCAGGAACAUUUGUUUGUGUGUAGUGUGAUUAGGCAAAGCAGAAUGUCUCUCAUAAAUAUCCAUAAAAAUUCUCUAUGAUUUAUUCUGAAUUACAUGACCAGAAGAAAACAACAGAAAUUUUCAAAAAGAAAUCACUUGCAGACACCAAGUCACUUCAGUAGGGCUACAAUUCCACUUCUAAAACAUUUAACAGAUCCCAAUUGUAUAGCUAUAUACCUAUAUAAUUAGCAUUUCAAAGCAGAGAGGAGCCGAGACAAAUGAAAGUGGUUUCUUGUGUAGGUGGGUAUGAAUAUGUGUGUGCCUGAAUUUUUGUAUAAUUUUAUUAUUUGUUUUCUAAUACAAAGGUGAAUAAGUUUGUUUAUAUGCAGGCAGUAUUGUAUUGUUAUAGGAUAAUUAAGGUUUUGUUAGAUUGUACCGAGCGAGGGGAGGUAAUAUACAGAUCCCAAUUAUAUAGCCAUAUACCUGUAUAAUUACCUGUAGUGUGUACCAAGCUAGAGGUGGUGUUGUUAACAGUACAGAAUAUGUUUAUAACCAGUUAUCAGUGUUGGGCAUUAGAACUGGAAUGAAGAUGGAAGAUACACUUUUACCUUUGAAACACUUCCAUCGUUUUCUAAAAAGACUAGUUGAAUGUAAAAUGCAUUUGGAAAUCAUGUGUUCAUUUUAGACAUCAAGGCAAAAAAAAUCAGGGAAUCAUAUGAAGUUGUUUUCAUCUUUUUUUUUAAGUAUUGUACAAUUAAUUUGUAAGUACCUUGAAGUGUAAAUUUAAUUUGCAUUUCCUGAAUUCUGUAUCAAAAUUUUCCGUCCAAGCCAGUUCAGGCAAUACACAGCAGCUACAAUCAGGAAUGCUUCAUACAAGUGCCCCAACAUGAGUCUAUCAUACAGUGAUGAGCUAUUGUGACUAUGAUUUUAGAGGCAUCUUGUGUAUAAUGAUGGAAUACAUUUCAAACUAUGUUAAAAUACAGUUCUCAGUGGAUUGGUAUGGAGAGAAAAAGUUCAAAAACUCAGGUUUCAAUUUACAUUAGAUUAUAUAUUUUCAUGGGGCCCAAAUUAUGUGGUUUAAACAAAAUGUGCAUUUUUCUUGGCGCCUGAUUUCAUGGAUAAGACUUGCUCACAAAAUCCGUUAGUACUCAUUAUUACAUGUCAUUUUUGUUUAAUCUAUAAAUCAGUUCAUGAACAUAUAAGUAAAUUCAAAUGAAAGAAAUAAAACCACUGCCAGGGCCAGCCAGUAGCAUUUUAUUUUAUAUCAUUUUGUUAAAAUAGUAUUUUUGUGAUAUUACUUACAGCCCCAAUAAGUAUGAACAAGAACAGUAUAUUGUGAAUUCUUUGAAGCAAGAUUUUUUUUACUUUGAUCAAAACCAUUAUAAUUGUUACAUUUUAAGUUAUUAUGUUCA